GGAGACGUGCACUAGCCAAUCAAAUGCACCAAAACACCCAACUCACCCUGUUUCUUCUUCUUCUUUCAAAAAAACAAAACGCCUCCUUGAUUUCAGACCAAAAACCGCAAACACACUGAGAAAUCAGUUCAAUUCAACAGAAUAGAAGAGAAGAGGAAGAAGGAAAUAUAGCAAUAGCACUACUACUACUUGUGUCAAAAUAAUAAGAUUCUUCUUGUAUAAACGACAUCGAAACAAUGCAUUCGUUCGUAUACAGAGCGAACGUGUUGCUAACGUUCGCCCUCACUAUACUGGCGUUAAUGUGUGCCAUCGCUUCUUUCUCCGACAACUUCAAUUUUCCUUCUCCUUCUGCCGAAAUCCAGAUAGUGAAAUUCAAUGGGUUUCAAAAGAAGCCACCCGGAAAUGAUGAGGUCAGCCUGACCAUGAAUAUAACAGCUGAUUUACAGUCACUGUUUACAUGGAACACAAAGCAGCUUUUCAUAUUUGUAGCGGCUGAGUAUGAAACUCCCCAGAAUUCAUUGAACCAGGUGUCUCUUUGGGACGCUAUUAUACCUGCCAAAGAGCAUGCAAAGUUUUGGAUCCAGACCAAGAACAAGUACCGUUUUGUUGAUCAGGGAAGCAAUCUUCGCGGUAAAGAAUUCAAUCUAACGUUGCACUGGCAUGUCAUGCCUAAGACUGGCAAGAUGUUUGCUGACAAACUAGUCUUGUCUGGAUUCCGCUUACCUGAGGAGCAUAGGCGAGGAUAGGGCAUCUUUGGUGUAUGUUUUUGCUUUAACUUUAGCCAUUAUAUGGGAUGAUAAAGGUCAGCUAAAUUAAGAAAACAACAGACGGGGAAAAAGUUUCAUGACCGAGGUGGGAAUGGGGACGACAGAGAAAUUUGAGCACUUGGGUUUAUAUUUUGGUCUUGUUGGAUUCUGUCUUUGGUUUUGGGUGUUUCCUUCUCCACUUGUCUAUUAAGUGCGCCGUAAAACCCCAUAAUCUCUGUGAGCUGUAGAGAGAUCGCCAAUCAAUAAUUUUGUUUAAAGAAUGUAGAGACCUGUGAACGCAUUGCUGAAAUGGAAUGCAUGCUAACAUUUCUAAUUGAUCAAA